AUGCGCUACACACUUCCCUUCGUCACCCUCCUCUCCCUCGCCCUAGCCCAAGGCACAGACAACGCUCUCUCAGGUCUCGCCUCCGGCGUCGCAAACAGCGUCACCGGUCCUGCUACCGAGAUCGCCUCAUCUCUCUCAUCGGCGAGCUCAGCUGCCGAGUCCGCCGCGUCAAGUGUUGAGUCAUCGCUGUCGGAUAUCAGCUCUACCCUUUCAUCGGUGCUGUCCUCCAUCACUGACUCUGUGCCGUCCGAAAGUGAGACCGGUGCGCUGAACAGCGCGUCUCAGAGUGCGGAAUCGGCAGCUAGCAGUGUCAGUGAGGCUGCAAGCAGUGUGACCGCGGCAGCUAGUGGUGGGGGUGCUGCAAUGGUGACUGCCGCUCCGGGACUUGUGGGCGCAGGAUUGUUGGGGUUGGCUGCGUUGUUGUGA